AUGGCCACCAACCUUCACCCCGGCACCAACGGCGCCGCCAACGAUGACUUUACCGUCAAGGCCGGGCUCGCCCAGAUGCUCAAGGGCGGCGUGAUCAUGGACGUGACAACCGCUGCCGAAGCCCGCAUCGCCGAGGAAGCUGGUGCCGUCGCCGUCAUGGCCCUCGAGCGCAUCCCCUCCGACAUCCGCAAGAUGGGCGGCGUGGCCCGCAUGUCGAACCCGGAGAUGAUCCAGGACAUCCAAAAAGCCGUCACCAUCCCCGUCAUGGCCAAGGCCCGCAUCGGCCACGUCGUCGAGUGCCAGAUCCUCGAGGCCCUCGACGUCGACUACAUCGACGAGAGCGAGGUGCUCACCCCGGCCGACGACAAGUUCCACGUCGCCAAGUCCGACUUCAAGAUCCCCUUCGUCUGCGGCUGCCGCAACCUGGGGGAGGCCCUCCGCCGCAUCAAGGAGGGCGCCGCCAUGAUCCGCACCAAGGGCGAGGCCGGCACGGGCGACAUCGUCGAGGCCGUCAAGCACAUCCGCACCGUCAACGCCGAGAUCGCCCAGGCCAAGGCCGCGCUGGCCGGCGGCGGCGACCUCGCCAUCUCGGCCCUCGCCCGCGAGAUCGGCUGCGACGUCGCCCUGCUCCGGCAGACCGCCGAGCUCGGCCGCCUGCCCGUCGUCAACUUCGCCGCCGGCGGCGUCGCCACCCCGGCCGACGCCGCCCUCAUGAUGCACCUCGGCUGCGACGGCGUCUUCGUCGGCAGCGGCAUCUUCAAGGACGCCGAGACCCCCGAGCACGCCGCCAAGCGCGCCCGCGCGAUUGUCAAGGCGACUACGCAGUUCACCGACAAGAAGGCGCUGAUCGAGGCGAGCAUCGAGCACGGUGAGGCGAUGAGGGGUAUCAGCAACGCGGGCCUGAAGCCGGAGGAGAAGAUGUCUGGCCGGGGUUGGUAG